GACUUCCUGGUGACACUCUAUAGCUGCCCAAGCUUGUGGCAGCCUAAAAUAGGCUUAGAGGAUCUCGACCCAAAAGUCUGAUAUGCCAGGGCUUCACGACACUCCAAUGGUGGUGUUACGGCAGGGCAGGAGAUGUGUGCAAUGUGGAGAAAUGUUGAACGAAUCCCAAGAACACGGUUUCCUUGGAGGAUGUCGGUGUUACACCCCAAUUACAGAGUCUGUUGUUCAAAUGGGUGAGAAGGGGAAUGAGAGGUUUGAAAAACCACAUUGGACAGCUGGUCGGAUCGGAGAUAUUGAAUUCACUGGUUCCUGUCGGACCAGAGGGAAGUUCGUCAGGGUCACCGGCACUACAGAUCCAGCUGAAAUCUACCAGAUUAUGACCAAGAAGUGGGGUCUCGCCCCUCCGCACCUGGUGGUGGGACUAGUGGGAGGCGAUGAGAUGUCUCAGAUGAAGCCCUGGCUGAAGGACACGGUUAGAAAAGGCCUAGUAAAGGCUGCCCAGAGCACAGGGGCAUGGAUUAUUACCAGCGGUCUGCGUUUUGGCAUCACUAAGAACCUGGCUCAGGCUGUAAGAGACCACUCUCUUGCCAGCACUUCCCCUAAGAUACGAGUGGUGGCUAUUGGGAUUGCUCCAUGGAACAUGAUUCAGAACAGAGAACUGCUGCUUAAUGCAAAGCCUGAUCAACCGGCAGCAUACCCAUCUGAGGAUCUCCCUUAUGGUACCGUUUACUCCUUAGAUUGCAAUCAUUCUCAUUUCAUCCUGGUGGAUGAGGAUCCCCAGAGACCCGGGGCCACUGGAGAAAUGAGAGUCAAGAUGCUCAAACACAUCUCUGAACAGCGCACAGGAUACGGAGGAACAGGCAGCAUAGAAAUACCAGUGUUGUGUCUCCUUGUACAUGGGGAGCCAAGGAUAUUACAGGGAAUGUACAAGACCAUUCAGAAUUCUACACCAUGGCUGGUUUUGGCCGGCUCGGGAGGGGUGGCAGACAUAUUAGUGACUCUGAUGGACAGAGGAUGCUGGGAAGCUGAUGUGGUCCAGGAGCUGUUGCUUAAUACCUUCCCCACUGGCCUACACAACAUUGAAAUCCCUUUCUGGGUCAAAUUGAUCCAGAGAAUUUUGGAAAAUGGUCACUUAUUGACAGUGCAUGACCCGGAGCAGGACUCAGAGCUUGACACAGUGAUUCUCAAAGCUCUGGUUAAGGCUUGCAAAAGUCAGAGUUCAGAAGCACAGGACUUUCUGGAUGAGCUAAAACUGGCUGUGGCCUGGAAUAGGGUGGACAUCGCUAAGAGUGAGAUCUUUAAUGGUGACAUUGAAUGGAGUGCACAAGACCUGGAGGACGUGAUGAUGGAGGCCUUGGUGAAUGAUAAGCCUGACUUUGUGCGUCUGUUUGUGGAUAACGGAGUAAACAUGAAUAAGUAUCUGACUUACGGGCGUCUUCAGGAACUCUAUUGCUCUGUGUCUGAGAAGAACCUCCUUCACACCCUGCUCCUGAAAAAACAUCACGCUCAUUUAGCCAGCACACGGACAUCUGGACAUCCCUCCACUGAACCUGGGGACCGCAGGCCUCUGUUUACCUUCUAUGAGGUCUCCAAAUUACUCAAAGAUUUUCUACAUGACACCUGUAAGGGUUUCUACCUAAAACUUCCAGCGACGGGGACAGGGAAAGGAAGACAUGGCCAAAAAGACCUCCAAGACUUGGACCGACGUUGUGAGUACCCUUGGAGAGAUCUCUUUCUUUGGGCUAUCCUGCAGAAUAGACAGGAAAUGGCAAACUACUUCUGGGCCAUGGGCCCAGAGGCAGUGCCUGCUGCUUUGGUGGGCUGUAAAAUUAUGAAGGAAAUGGCUCAUCUGGCUACCGAAGCAGAGUCUGCUCGCAGUAUGAAGAACGCCCAGUACGAGCAGUUUGCCAUAGAUCUGUUUAGUGAGUGUUUCUCAAACAGCGAAGAAAGAGCAUUCACUAUGCUGGUGCGCAACACACGCUGUUGGAACAAAUUAACAAUCCUAAAUCUCGCCACGGAAGCGGACGCCAAAUGUUUCGUCGCACAUGAUGGAGUCCAGGCCCUGCUGACCAAAGUCUGGUGGGGAGCAAUGAGAACCGACACCUCUAUCUCUAGACUCGUGCUGACGUUCUUCAUCCCUCCCCUUAUGUAUACCAAUCUCAUCAAAUUCAAAGAGGAAGCCCUAGAAAGCAAAGGUGAAGCAGAGCCAUUUGCCGAGCUGGAUAGUUUGGAAACUGAGCAAGCCCUGUUGCUCGUAGAUGACCCAGCUGCUAAGGAGGGUGGCAAAGACCCUGUCAUUUUUAAUGAUGUGCUGCGACGAUGGAACAAUUUCUGGAGCGCUCCAGUCACAGUGUUCCUGGGAAACGUCAUCAUGUACUUUGCAUUCCUUCUCUUAUUUAGCUACGUGCUUCUUCUGGACUUCCGUCCACCACCACCGCUUGGCCCGAAUGCAGCCGAGAUCCUCCUUUACUUUUGGGUUUUCACCCUGGUGUUGGAAGAACUUAGACAGAGUUUCUUCACGGACGAGGACAUGAGUAUUCUGAAGAAAUUCAAGCUAUAUGUGGAGGAUAACUGGAAUAAGUGUGAUAUGGUGGCCAUCUGUCUCUUUGUGGUGGGGGUGUCCUGCAGGAUGUCCCAUGAAACAUAUGAGGCUGGGCGCACAAUUCUCGCUUUAGACUUCAUGGUUUUCACAUUAAGGCUCAUUCACAUUUUCGCCAUCCACAAGCAACUUGGGCCCAAGAUCAUCAUUGUGGAAAGAAUGAUUAAGGACGUUUUCUUCUUCCUCUUCUUUCUGAGCGUGUGGCUGAUCGCGUAUGGAGUGACGACGCAGGCCCUCCUGCACCCCAAUGACCCGCGAAUCGACUGGGUUUUCCGCAGAGCACUUUACCGCCCAUAUCUGCAUAUAUUUGGACAGAUUCCUCUGGAGGAAAUAGAUGCGGCCAAAAUGCCCAAUGAUAACUGCACUGAUGAUGUGGAUGAGAUUGUAUUGGGGACUCUGCCACCCUGUCCGAAUGUUUAUGCCAACUGGCUGGUCAUUCUGCUGCUUGUCAUCUAUUUACUGGUCACAAAUGUGCUCCUCCUGAAUCUCCUUAUUGCCAUGUUCAGCUACACCUUCCAGGUGGUCCAGGAGAAUGCCGACAUCUUCUGGAAGUUUCAGCGCUAUAACCUGAUCGUAGAAUACCACAGCCGUCCCGCCCUGGCUCCGCCCUUCAUCAUCAUCAGCCACAUCACCCAGGUUCUCCUGAGCUUUGUCAAAAAGAAAGAAUCCCAACAAGAUGUUUUGGAGAGGGAACUGCCAGCUGGCUUGGACCAGAAGCUAAUGACAUGGGAGACGGUGCAGAAGGAGAACUACAUGGCUAAACAGGAGCUUGAGCUUAGGGAGAGCAGUGCAGAGAGACUGAAAUGCACUUCCUCUAAGGUGCAGAGUUUGCUGACUAUGGUUGGGGGGUUUAAAGAGCACGAAAAACGCAUGGCAACAGUAGAGACUGAGGUAAGGUAUUGUGGAGAGGUGUUGUCCUGGAUUGCAGAGUGUUUCCACAAAAGUACCCUAAAGUGUGACCGAGACGUGCCUAAACCUCCAAAGUCUAUUGCCAACUCCAGAAACCAGCAACAACAGGAGGCCAGACGACAGCAGCCGUCAGGAUCUUCAGGAUAUGUUGCCGACAAGAAACUGCCUUACAUUGAUCAGUGAUCUAACAAUAUUAAUAUGUAAAUGUUUUAAAACUGAUUGAGAGAUCAUCACUAGUCACACCGGGGUUAUGUUGGAGAUUUUUUGCAUGUGCAUCAGUUAAUAAUUAAUACAUUCUUUUCUAAUGUUUUCUAGUGUGCCUCUU